UAUUUCAUAACUGCUUGCCGCAUCAAGCCUUCUCAUCAAUUUGGCACCUGCAAAAGCUGAAGGGAGCAGAAAACGACACAACUGUUCAUGAGUCAGCGCCGAGUUAAACAAGUGGUUUGAACUUUUGAAUCAAAUGAAAGGCCAUUUAGUCAUGUUUUUUGCACAAUACAUAAGGUAUUCGCUUAUUAUUUGCAUAUACUAUUGGCAUGGUGUUACGUGUGUUGGUGAAUACAAUGUAAACAGUUCUGGAAAUAUUGUAUAUCCUCGCAACAACUCUGGAUCUCCAAUUCGGUCAAUCAUAUAUGUGGCUGCCAUAGAUCCUUUAACAGGAUGGCGAGUGGGAAAUGCCUCUUUCGAAAUAUCCGCUCUCAAAUGUCACCGUCCGGUUUGUCCUUCUAGCAAAGUGAAUGUGACGACGCCAAUGAGAAGCAAAUUCGCCAUCUGGACGGCAAGUCAUCGAGAGAUGAUAGCAAGCCAAGUGCUGUUGUUCAAAGUGACUUUGACGGGAUAUCUGACGAUCCAAUUUCAAUUUAGAGCCAUUCCCAACCCAAGGUCACCAAUGAUUUUGCACCUUCCUCUGGCGCGUGAUGUGCACAAAUUUGGAACGUGGUUCACAUUGGUCUAUAAUCCAUUGAUUAUCUCGCACAACCUUGAGUUGGGCUUCAUCGACAUGGAUUGUUCUUGUCGGUCCACGAUGAGUUUCAAACAUCCUUGUCUAAAUAAAGGCUACAACGGAGCUUGGGUCAAGCAAGAAGACGGUUUGCCAUACCUCACGUUUCGUCGACCUUUCCUCAAAGGCACCCGAUAUCUUAUUUUCGUCCAUUCACCACUUGGCGCUACAAAUUUGCAUGAAGGUGACUUGGUGGCGACCAUGAUUCAAGGAGCAAAUGUGUCACAUUUCAAGAUCCCUCCCAGGCCAAAAUCCUCCAGAUUGGUAGCAAGACCAACCAGGCUCUGGUUUGUGGGAAUCCUGUACCUUGGUGGUAGUUCUGAUCAUACCUUCCAGGCUCUCGGGAAAUUGAGCUCCACCUCAAAGCCACUGAAAAGCUGCGAUGUGAACGUGACACAAUGGCCCUAAACAUAAGCACCCAUGGCCAUGGCAAGGAAGUUCUUCCUCAUUCUGGUCCUUUCGUUCCGGUUGUGUCCACUUAAAAAGUACCAUUCACUAUCGACCCGAAAAGAAACAGACGUUAAACGACCCCAUCGCCGAAGAUGUUUUUCGGGGACUUAUUUGGGGAGAUUAGAGCUUGAUUCAUAUGAUUACAUUUACCGGAAGGACGCAUAAUGACCUAUCUCGUUUUGGUGAAUAUAUCUAGAACUCGCAGAAGAUGAAGAAAUGCUAUUUUUUUAUAUUUGAGCCCAAAGUUGCUUUGAUACUUCAAAAUGGUUUGCUUAUAAUGUAUUUGCAUUUGUUUCUUGAUUUCUUGAUACCAUUCACCAAAAAUUCAGGAUUCAGAAUCCUUAAAAACUGGAAUAAACCUAUUUUUGUGAGUAAAAUACAUUCCUAAGAAGGAUAUUAAGUGAAA